AUGUAUGGGAAGUGGUAUGACAUUGCCAUCGGCACAACCUGCAAGUGGAUGAAGAACUACAAGGAGAAGUUCAGCAUGGGCACACUGGUGCUGGGCCCUGGCCCCACUGAUGACCAGAUCAGCACUGCCAGCACCAGACUGCGGCAAGGUGACUGCACACAGGUCUCAGGAGAGUACCAGAAAACCAGCACCCCUGGCAAAUACACCUACUACAACCCCAAAUGGGAUGUGUCUAUUCAGUCCUAUGUGCUCCGCACCAACUACGAGGAAUACGCUGUCAUUCUCAUGAAGAAGAAAAGCAGUUUUGGCCCAUCCACCACCCUGAAGCUGUAUGGGAGGAGUCCGGAGCUGCGGGAGGACCUCAUUGAGUCUUUCCAGCAGCUGGCUCUGGAGAUGGGCAUCCCUGAAGAAUCCCUCUUCAUCCUAGCCAACAGAGGUAACCUGUGGGGCACAUUCCUCGCCUGCUGCUGGAGCACUCCAGCUGCUCCUUCCUG